CUCCCCCUUCGCCCUCUCUGCUGCCACAGUCAUUGCCCUUACUUUGCCACAACACCGCCUACAAGCGACACUGUUGAGGGUCCACAGGCAGGGCAUGUUGCUGGUGCAAUGGCAGUCACUCAAGCCAUAUCCCGGCGUGGAGUCGGUGUCUCGUCCUGGAUGGGAACUAUUUUCACGGUUGAGCUCCUCGCUUCCCCAACGUCACUCACCCUGAAGCACUCUGAAGCAGUGCUGUCCACGGUCACCAAAAGCACUCAGCGAGACAGGUGAGCCACCAUGAGUCACCGGGGGUGAGGGACUCUCUCUCCCAAGCCAAAGUUGGCCAGGAAAUGAAAUCGCUGGAUGCUGUUUCCCAAGGCAACCUGGAACGGCAAUUUCAUCCAGGGUCAGUCGCCCCAAGGAGAAAUGGUUGAGAUCUGCCUGGACUGGCCAAGGUAUCAGUCACUCUUCAUUCAUGAGGCCUCGAUUCUCAUUCUCUGACCCCAUUGGAGAAUGGCAAACGUGUAUAUAAUCUCUUUUCCUCCUCGCUUCACCCAGCCAUGAGAUCACACAGCAGCGACCGCUUGACUCACGCCUCACUUCCCUUUACACUACUUGACAUUGCUUCGCAUAAAGUAGCAAUCACCACCCCGUUUCUCUUUGCCAAAAAUCCAGACAAACAUCCUCCAAUCUUGUCUUGACUAUACUACUGAGCUAUUCCCCAUAUACACCAUGUCAUCCAACUCCUCCAACUCCUCCAACUCCUCUUACAACUCCCAACGCCCAAUUAUCCACUCUAGUGGUUCAUCAUCCAGAGAAUCCACCUACUACGAUAGCCAUUCCGGCCAUCACUCCUCUGCCAACUCCAGCAUGUCUUAUGAACCAUCCCGAGUGCAAUAUUACCGGGUCCCAGACAAUGGUUCGUCUCUAUCCUUCUACCAAAUCCGUGUUGAUUCCACUAACACCUCCAGAAAAUAAAUACAUCACCAGCAAAAUCUCAAAAGACGGUCGAGUUGAGAUCAUUCAUCACGAACAAUCCGUCUACGAAGAGGAUGCCCCGCGAGCCUCAGAAUACCGAACAACACGAGAGCCAAGAGAUUCGCGAAGCUCCAAGUCUUCCAAAUCUAGCCACCGAAGCAGUGGCAAGUGAGAUACUCGGGCGAAUCUAUGACUACAGGAAGAUUUCAUUCUUCAUCAUCAUGAAUAUCCUCAAAAAAUAGAUGGAGGUCAAAACAGGGCUGCAAAGGAAUCGCUUAUGAGCCCGACAUCUGCACUCCCGGCGCCGCUCCUCGCCCCGGAUCAUUAACCGUCUGCCUCAUCUCACUACACCAUGUCUUGCCCUGCAUGUAAUUCUUGCCUGAUUUUUUCUUUGGUCCAAUCUUCAACAGGAUUCCUCGCUGCUUGGAAUGUUUAGAUUUCUUUUUGGGACAGCCUUGAUUAUGGAUUGGAUUGGAUAUACGAUGGACGUGCAUGGAUAAAAAAAAACUUUAUCGGAAAGACAGAUUAUGUAGCCUCGCGGCGCUUUCUUUGGUUGGGCCUCGAUUUUGGAUCGGACUUGGCUGGACUGGAUGGGUUGAUUGGUGGGUUGGAGAUGAAGGGUUCAUGGGUUGAAGGGAUGAAGAGAUUUGUUGGUGGCGUGUAUUAUUACGACGUGAUGUCGAUGUUUGAUGAUCCUACUCGAGGGGUACGGAAGUUUUUUUUUGGGGGUGCUUACCCACGUAUCUAGAUAGAGGUCUGAAUACGAGCGUGGUCGUUGAUCG